AUGCCUCCCUCCUCUUGGCCAGGCAGUGCAAAAGCUGCAGUGAGCAUUACAUUUGAUAAUGUGGGUGAAUCAAGAGACGUCGGAAUAGGAGCAUGGCCCAAGGAGAAACCCGUGGGACAGCAUCCGUCGGUACUGGAGGUGACCCCAAUUAUUCUCGACAUUCUUGACAAGCACGACGUUAAAGUGACAUAUUUCAUGGAAGCAUGGGGUAUUCAGACGUACCCGAAGAUGCUCGGCGAGUUCCAGAGUCGUGGCCACGAAAUUGGAUAUCACGCAUAUCAGCACGAGGAGUGGAAAACCCUGUCACCCUUACAAGAAGAAGAAAUCAUAAACAAGAGCCUCCCAAUAGCGCAGGAGCUUGGUGUCUGUUACAAAGGCUUCCGUCCUCCCGGCGGAUCGAUGAACGCCGGUACCAAGGAUUUGCUCCGUCGUCACGGAAUUCAGUAUGCUUCAGUUCUGGGCCAAGAUAUCAGCACGGACAAAGAUGGCUUCGUGACUCUACCGUUUCAAUGGAGGGCUGUCGAUGCGUUCUACAUCCUAGAUGCAUUCGACUUUCUUAGAGCUGAAUACGGAGAGCAAAGGUCUACCUUCACUUGCGAAGCUUUCCAGCAGGCGCUCUUUGACCAGAUCGAUGCUGCAGUUGAGAAGGGGGCCUUCAUUGAUAUUCUUUUCCAUCCUUUUCUCCACACGUCACCCGAGUCCCGUGCGGUUAUUGAAGCAGUGGUUGCGCGAGUGAGAAACGAUCCCGACAUAUGGUGUGCACCAACUCAUGAGGUGGCAGAAUGGGCUGCAGCACAUUGA